CAAGAUCACACAUGACUAUAUUUAGGCUUACACAUUGAGAGAAUUUGAUGAGUCAAAGUGAUUAGAUAAACAGUUCUAAAAAUCAAAUGUGGACAAAAACUAGGGAGGGAGUACUCCGUAAUUAACAACAAAGGCCCAUCCAAGUGCCAAAUCCUCUAGAGUCUAGACUCUAGACGAACUUCCUAAUCGCGGCCUCUCUCUCAUCCAAAAAUAUUACAGAUGGGGAGGCCCAGUAAAAGGAGUUGGGAGAAAAUUCCUCUUGAGGUUAUUGGGGAUAUACUGUCUCGUGUACGGAUUGCUCGACAUGUGAUCAGAGCUUCUCUAACUUGUCGCAGGUGGCGAAAAGCUUAUUGCAAACACCUUCAUGCACUUUGUUUUGAUUCUGCUGAUUUUAAGUUUCCCCAGGGCCUAGCUUCUGUUCCUGACAUUGAGUUGUUGAUCACUAAGGCGAUAUUUCAGACAACCGGUUUGCGAAAAUUGACAAUUCUGAUGGGGGGCAACUACAAGUUUUCGGCUGGUUCAGUUCAUGCUUGGUUGAUGUUUGUUAGAGAAACUUUGUCGGAGCUGUGUUAUAAGGUUUCAACUUCUACCCGUGUUGAUGUUCUUGACAUGUUCGAAAGGCGAAAAUUGGAAUGCUUGAGUUUGUCUGAUUACAGAAUUGGAAGGGGUGAACUGAAUUGCGAUAGAUUUGCGUGUUUGACAUCACUAUCUCUAUGCCGUGUCGGUAUUUCAGUUGAAGAUCUAAAUCGAUUUCUCAGUGCUCCUCCCAAACUCGAGUCUUUGAAACUUGAUUCUCCCUUCCUUCAAACUUCACAGGGUUUCCCGGAUCAUGAGUUUUUUGAACCAGAAAAAGUAGUCAAAGUGUACUGUCCUACACUGAAGGCCCUAUUUCUUGAUAAUAUGCAACUAUUUCAGUUUAUAUUGGAGAAGAAUAGUACUAGUAUUGAGUAUAUGCAAAUGAAACAUUGCUAUUUCAGAUUGUUUAAAGUCUCUGGCAGCAAAACUCUGAGGGACCUCAGAAUCUCCCACUCCGAGGCUUGGCGUCUUGAAAUUGAGCAGACAGACAAUCUAGAGAGUUUUGAAAUCGUUGCCAGUCAUGUUACCAGGUCAAAUUUGCUCCCAAUGAUGAUACAAUCACCAAAGUUGAAAAGGUUUCGCUUUUGGGGCUUUAAGAAAUGCACGUAUGACGAAAUAAUUCUUGAUGACGGGCCAGAACUAGUGUUGGAUUUAGAACGAAUGGCCAUUUGUUCACCACAACUUACCCAUCUUGCAAUAUUGUGUGAUGAAGGAGUGGAUGGUCUUGUAUACAGAUUCGGGGGUUCGGCUUCCUUGGAGAAGGUCAUGGUUUUGGAGAUUGGGUGGCAUGGUUUUGAUGGCUUUUGUGAAUGGGCAGAGAAAUUACUGAAAUGUUGUCCAAAUGUGAAGAAGGUUAUUGUUCAUUGGCUUAUAGAAAUGUAUAAAUCAGACAAACUGAAUGAUCUGAAUGGUCUUUCUGUGCAAUUCUCAUUAAUGAUGGAGAGGGACAGUAAAAGGAGUGGGGAAAGGCCUGUGGAGAAAAUUCCUCUUGAGGUUAUUGGGGAUAUACUGUCUCGUGUGCGAAUUGCACGAGAUGGGAUCAGAGCUUCUCUAACUUGCAAGAAGUGGCGAGAGGCGUAUUGCAAACACCUUCAUGCACUUUCCUUUGGUGUUUCUAGUUUUAAGUUUCCCAAAGGCCAAAAUUCUGUUCCUGACAUAGAAUUGUUGAUCACAAACAUGAUGUACGAGAUCCCCGGUUUGCAGAAACUAUCGAUUCUGAUGGAUUUCAGGUACAAGUUUUCGGCUGGUUUAGUUGUGGCGUGGUUAAGGGGCGUUAGAGAAACCUUGUCGGAGCUGGUUUUCAAUGUUAGAACUUCUACCCCUGUUGAUGUUCUUAAAAUAUUUGAAAGGCGAAAAUUGGAAAGCUUGAGCUUGUGGGACUACAACAUAGGAAGGGUUGAACAGAAUUUCCAAAGAUUUCCAAGUUUGACAUCACUAUCUCUAUCUCGUGUCGGUAUCUCAGCAGAAAAUCUGAAUCAAUUUCUCUAUGCUCUUCCCAAUCUCGAGUCUUUGAAACUUGAUGAUCCCUUCUCAGAAGCUUCAUACAGUGAGGUUUCUUCAGAUAGUGAAGAUUCUUCAGAUUGGGAGGAUUCUUCAGAUAGUGACGAUUCGUCAGAUAUUGACGAUUCCUCACCAUUAAAGGUAGUCAAAUUGAGUUGCCCUACACUGAAAACCCUUUUUCUUGAUGAUAUGAAAGUAUGUCAGUUUACAAUGGAGAGUAGUAGUCUUGAGUAUUUGCAAAUGACAGAUUGCUAUUUCAGUUCGUUUAAAGUGUGUGGCAGUAAAACUUUGAGGGACAUCAAAAUCUCCCGCUCCGAGUCUCGGCUUCUUGAAAUUGAACAGACAGACAAUCUAGAGAGUUUUGAAUUCAUUAGUAGUCGUGUAAGCGAGUCAAAUUUGUUGCCAAUGAUGGUACCAUCACCAAAGUUGAAUAGGUUUCGGUUUUGGGGUUUUACGAAGAAGUACAAGAGUCGCGCAGUAGGGGAUGGAAUAAUUCUUGACAAGGGAUCAGGAAUAGUGUUGGAUUCAGAAAGAAUGGCCAUUUGUUCACCACAAAUUCGCCAUCUUUCGAUAUUUUGCAACGAAGGACUUGAGGGGCUACUCUACAAAUUCGGUGGUCCGACUUCCUUGGAGAAGGUUGUGGUUUUGGAGAUUGGAUGGGAUGGUUUUAAAGGCUUCGGAAAAUGGGCAGAGGAAUUACUGAAAGGUUGUCCAAAUGUGAAGAAGGUAAUUGUUCAUUGGGUUAUUCCAAAGAAGUGCAAUCGAAUGUUUUUGAAGAAUCUUACUGAGCAGACCUCAUCAAUAAAUGAUAUGGCGCUAAACAGACAAAUGCAAGUGUCCUUCUUAUAUGAUUCUGGUUUUGAUUAAGUAUCAGCACAUACAAAUGCCUUUAAUCACCAUUCUCUGGCUUCACUUGUUAGGGGUUGUUGGAUUUUAUUGAGUCUGUCUUUGUUCUUGUUGCUAUAAUUCUAUAACACAUUAGUAUAAUGUUUCAUAGAUGUGGUAAUUUGGUUGGUGGUGGUGUGUUCCUAAUACUCUAUGUAUACAUCUCACUCCUCUCUUGCUUUCCCUACAAGGAAAAAGAGGCUCCAAGCUUUUUAAAGAAGAAUUGCAAGUGUAAUCUCUACUACACUUUUUACAUGUAAUAAACCAUGGUAUUAGUGGCGUAAUAAUGAUUACGGAGUAUUAGAAUUUACUAACAUGUCUGUUAUACUUAUUAAAAAUUUGUUCCGAAUAAUUAGAGACUAUGGAU